AUGAGGUCCUCCUAUCGAACGGUGGGGUUGUGGUACGUGGUAGCGAUGGUUGCCUCACUGAUUGUCACCUACGUCGCGGCAGAUGAGCAUAAUCAUAUGUAUGAAGACCAUGAGGAGGUUGUGCUAUGGAUGAACACCGUUGGCCCAUACCACAAUCGGCAGGAGACGUACGCGUAUUUCUCACUCCCAUUCUGUGUCGGUGCCAAACAAUCGAUCAAUCACUACCAUGAAACCAUGAGUGAGGCCCUCCAGGGAGUUGAGCUGGAGUUUAGUGGAUAUGACAUCGAUUUUAAAGAUGACAUCAGCCCAACGGAGAUCUGUAUGGUAGAUCUAUCCGAGGAGAAGCACAAAGCGUUCGUGUAUGCGGUGAAGAACCAGUACUGGUAUCAAAUGUAUAUCGAUGAUCUGCCAAUAUGGGGUGUGGUAGGAAAGGAGGAGGAAAAGAAGUAUUACAUCUACACACACAAAAAGUUCGAUAUCAGCUACAACGGCAAACAGAUCGUGGACGUUACGCUGACACCGGAGCGAAAGGAGCUGCUCCGGGUGGGGGCAAAGAUCAAGUUCACGUACGAAGUGAACUGGAAGCCAAGCUCGGUGAAGUUCGAGGAUCGGUUCGACAAGUACCUGGAUCCGAACUUUUUCCAGCACCGCAUCCACUGGUUUAGCAUCUUCAACAGCUUUAUGAUGGUGAUAUUCCUGGUUGGGCUUGUGUCUAUGAUUUUGAUGCGUACACUGCGCAAGGAUUACGCUCGUUACAGCAAAGAUGAGGAAGCGGACGAUAUGGAACGCGAUCUUGGCGAUGAGUACGGAUGGAAACAGAUACAUGGUGACGUAUUCCGACCAGCAUCGAAUGUGAUGCUCUUUUCUGCCUUAAUCGGUGCCGGCUAUCAACUAACCUCGGUUGUGUUGUGUGUGAUCACGUUCGCAAUACUGGGUGAACUUUAUACGGAGCGUGGUUCGAUGCUGUCGACGACAAUUUUUGUAUAUGCGGCCACGUCUCCCAUUAACGGAUACUUUGGCGGAUCUCUGUACGCGCGAAUGGGUGGAAAACAAUGGAUAAAACAGAUGCUUAUGUCCGCCUUCAUUGUGCCGGCCCUUGUAUGUGGAACUGCGUUCUUCAUCAACUUUAUUGCAAUCUACUACCAUGCCUCGCGAGCAAUUCCCUUUGGAACAAUGGUGGCCGUAACAUGUAUCUGUAUAUUCGUCAUUUUACCGCUGACACUGAUCGGAACCAUUGUUGGACGCAAUCUGGACGGCCAACCAGACUAUCCGUGCCGCGUGAAUGCUGUUCCGCGUCCGAUACCCGAAAAGAAAUGGUUUAUGGAACCGGCUGUGAUUAUACUUCUGGGUGGAGUGUUACCAUUCGGGUCGAUAUUUAUCGAAAUGUACUUCAUCUUCACUUCUUUUUGGGCGUACAAAAUCUACUACGUGUACGGUUUCAUGCUGCUGGUGUUUCUGAUCCUCAUCAUCGUGACCGUCUGUGUGACGAUCGUUUGCACCUAUUUCCUUCUAAAUGCGGAAGAUUAUCGAUGGCAGUGGACUAGCUUUAUGUCAGCAGCAUCCACCUCGAUAUAUGUGUAUAUGUAUUCGUUCUAUUACUUCUUCUUCAAAACGAAGAUGUAUGGACUAUUCCAAACAGCGUUCUAUUUCGGCUACAUGGCCCUGUUUUCCGGUGCGCUAGGUAUCAUCUGCGGGACGGUAGGGCACUUCGGUACAAAUCUCUUUGUGCGAAAGAUAUAUUCCAAUGUCAAGAUUGACUAAGC